AUGCGCUACAACUAUUCUGUUCUUGUAUUUGCCGCCUUUGCCGCCACACCUCUAGCACUCCCUACCGAGAAGCCUGCCAAUACUGGCAGGCAGGCUUCUGCUUGGUACGAAGGCAAGAGAGACAAUUUUGACCACGGGAAGUGGGCCUCCGAAAAAUAUGAAAAGAGGAAUGAUGAUGGGUCCUGGUACCCCGGGAAGUAUGAAGGCAAGGGUACUGGCCACGAUGAUGGCAAGUGGACACCUACCAAGUACCCUGUCAAGAAGUCCAAGAGCAAGAGGGAAAAGGUUGGCACGAUUGAUGAUGACUCGAGGGAGCCCCCAAAGUACGAGGCUAAGGGUGCAAAUUUUGAAGAUUCCGAGUUGACAUCUGAGAAGUAUGGUAAGCGCAGCGACGAUGGGAGCUGGCGCCCUGGGAAAUAUGAGGGUGACUGUACUGGUUAUGAAGAUGGAAAGUGGCACCCCGAGAAGGAUAAUUAG